AUGUCGCUAUUCCCUGAAUUAAACCAGCUGGAAUUACACUUCCUGGAUAUCAUGCUACACAAAGGAAUCAGUGUCGACAAGUACCUUAUUGGCCCUAGUUUCCGUGACCGACACCUCCAGUCAUUUGUCGAUCAUCUCCAAGCCGAGAUGCCGCACGUCAAGGACGCUUUCAUUGCAUGUGCGUCUCACCUGAGCGGAAAUGUGAGCCUUCAGCAAGUUGCUCAAGGUCAAAGUAUUGGCUAUAGAAGAGCUGCUGCUGCGAUUGCAUCACUUCGCAUCUCAAGCAUCCGCUCAGAAAACGAUCUGUCCAUGAUGCUGAUAUUGGGCGUGGCUAUCUCGACCUUUACGCUGCAUCAUUCGAGCUGCUUACCCGUAUGCAAGUAUAUCCUGGGGUUGGUGAGCUCCAUGUACGAAAAAGACUACACACUACUCGAGCGUCUGGGUGGUGAUGGCAUGGCAUUUCUUCUGUGCCUGCUCGGGACAGAGAUUGAGGAUUGCCUUGUCAGCUGCCAACUGCCAACUAUCAGGAUCAGAUCAGGCAUGCUUGACCAGCUGGUGGACCGUUUUAGUGGCAUUUCUGCGCCCAUCUUCACAUACUUUUACGACAUUUGUCAGCUGGCUCAGCAGUUUCAACAGAUGCGGCUUCAAGGACACGCAUGCUCAGAUGUCAUUCUCGAGAAAAGAAGGUGUAGCCUUCAAGCGACCUUGGAGGAAUGCAGCCCGACUGUGUCAAUGACGUACUUGAGCGAAAACUUUACACCACACGAGGUCAUGAUAAUGAUGACACAAUACAAGUUCCUACAGCUUUCAGCAUUGAUCAUCUUACAUCGACUGCGCCAUCCGUACGCAACCAAAGACGAAAUUCCACUCGAAAUGGCCCAUUGCAUCUUGGAGGAGCUUGAUAGAAUCAUGGAGCUCACAGGUCGUGCGGUGCCAUUUGCCGACCGACCUCACUUGGUCGCAUGCUUUGAACUGAAAGACCAUACUGAGAGGCGCGAUGCAUUGCGAAAAUCACAGCGCCUCAUCAACUUUUCUCAGUACUGCCGCACAGAACAACAGGCAUCUCUACUUGCGUUUUGGUCUGCCAGAGACCAGACGGACCGGAGAGACAUUUACUGGACCGAUGUUGCCUCAUGUAUCGGUUGA